UUAUUUCUGUGCGAGCGGCCUCUAAAUUUAGGCCGUAUGGAAACCGAAAGUAAUACGAGCGAUUUUGGUCGGGAGCGAGUUGUCUGUAUUUAGAUUAGAGCGGCGCAGUGCGCGCGCGCCGCCGGUGAUGAUAACGCAUCGCAGUGCAUUGUAAUGCCGUGAUAGUGAUCGAUGUGCAGUGAUAGAUUAAAGGAUUUGGAUGUCACAAAUGCUGCCCGAAGGAGGAGAAGUGAUGCGCCGAGUGGCGUGCGGCGACGUGUGUCCCGCGCCGCCCGCGCCCGCGCCACAAGCCCUGCAGCCUAACAGAACAUCAGAAAACAAAGAGCUUCUCCGGCAGCAACUCCUAUCAGCCAGCAAAGAUCGCCUCGCCGAAAAGACAGAGCCGCCUAAGCAGAAGCACGUGCGGAACCGGCAGAAGAACCGAUGGAAGCUGAAGUUCCACCACCAGGCCCUCCCGCAGGAAUACCUCGACCACUACGAGCAGAGCCUGCAGAAAGCCAACGCUAAACAAGCGCAGAAGCCAAAACCACAAGAGAAACCCAAAGUGGAACCCAAUAUAGACUUAAACAACAUCACCAAUGAAACCUUCAAGAUAUGGGCGCAGAGGCUAGCCGGAAUACAGAACGAAACGGGAACAUUAACUGUACCUAGCGUAACGUCGGUCUUAAACAUGGCAGCGAAGCCCAAAGCUGAAGAAAAGAAGAAGAAAAACCCAACCAUAGCACCCAGUAAGAUCGUGACCUACGACGAUCUUCCGUACAUGGGCGAGAUGACAUUGAACAACUCUAAGCCAAGAAGAGGCCGGAAACCUAAAAAGGCAGACAUUUGCCACUUAAUCUACGAAAAUUACGGAACUGUAGUGCCAGGACAACCGCCUCCUGUGCAGGAUAGAUUGAACCAGCUGUCAAUGAACACUCAAUAUCGACCUGAAAAUGCUCCUACAAGUACUCCUAAAACAGAUCUGCAGAACAAAAUUAUUUCAAGUCUAUUAGAAAGGAAGUUGUCUCAAGAAAAUAAAAGGCGGUUAGAAAAUCUGUCGCCGCAAAGGUUUAACAGCCCUGAUGAACCGAUGCCAGAAGCACCUCUCACUAUCCCAGGGCCUCUACACAGCGACGAUGAACCCUUGAACUUGUGUAUUAGAGAUCUCUCAGAUCUGAAGCUACAAAUUCAGAAAAAGUUCGGUAACAUCUACCCUUCCAUGCCUGAAGUGAAAACUGAAAUGGAAUCGGAAGCUGAUCAAGAAAUCCGAAAGACUGAACAGUCGAAUGCAAUUUCUGUGAUACAGAGGAACACGAAUCUUCUGCCUGCCACUGCGAGCAGUUCACCAGACCUGUCCAGGCAAACUAGGAAUAUAUCUCCAGCGUUAUCAGAGCCAGCACAGUCCACCGCUAGUCCAGACGGCGAAGGGAAAUUCCCUGGUUACGUAUACUGGCCUAACGCUGGCAUCUACAUGCAUCCUUUAGCUUUACAAACACAACUAUUAUACUACCAAAGGCUAGCAGCGGCUGGGCAGCUGCCUAGCGAGGAUCAAGACCGUGCCAAUUCAACACCAAGCAGUGUCAACGAAAGUGUGUCUACUGAACCAAACUCGUCACUAGACGAGAGCAAAAGCAAAUUAGUACUCAAACAAAUAUCAGAACUGUUAGACCCCAAAGUGAUAAAGCAGGUGGAAGAGGCGAAGCGAAGUCCGGACCAGUCAAAAAUGAAGAGGACGUCCCCAAAUCCUGUGACGGGUCCAGUAAAGAGAAAACGGUCCGCAAUAUUCAUCCCUCCUAUGCCGACGAAAACUAGCUCAACUACUCCAACGACAGAAGUCAGCAUCUGUAAAUUUAAAUUUACUGGUGGGUCGAAGCCUUCUUUGCAAGAGAAGAAAAUGCUGUCAGUAGAUUCUGGAGGCAACUUUAGAUACUACAGCGGGACUGGCAAUAAGGGUAACAAAGGAUAUGAUUACUUGCAUAAGAAUUCAAACCAAGGAAGACAGGCUGAGGCUGAGGCUACUGCGUCAACUGUGGCGAAAGUCGAAGUCCCAACAUCUUUGAGCAAGGAAGAGUUAAGUAAGAAGAAAAGGAAGUCUAAAAAGAGUUUGCAGAGGGAGAAAUUGGAGCAGACGUUUAAAGAGAAGGGGUUUCUGAUACAGACUCAGCAGUUGCAAUCAGCCGAAGGGGCAACUUACUGCAAGUUUAGGCAACUACGGAAGUUUACGAGGUAUUUGUUCAGGAGUUGGAAGGAUUAUCUUCCUGGGGAGUUGGAAGAGAGGAACAAUGCUGAAGCAGUACCUGAACCACAGCCGUCUCCGGCAAACGAAGGAACAGCUGGAGAAUGGGGCUGAGAGACGGGACGUUGGGAUUGAUAGUGUUCUUUUUGGUUUAGUUUUAUGCUGACUGUGCUAGACAAUAACCGUGGUUUUCAUAAAAAAUAUAACAGGUGUAGCACCGUUUUAGAUCAAAACUUAUUUUGAGAAAGUUUCUAGUACUGAUGAAAAGAAACUACAGAGUUAAAAUGGUGCUGAAAGACUGUUUUUAUUUUAUGGAUAAAUAAAUUAAGUUUGAAUGAAACAUGCUGGGAGUUAUUAGUCGAAGUCUAACUGUAUAGACUUUAUUUAUUAGGUUGAAGAACUGUCAAUUUGACAGAUAUAACUUUACGCCAGAAUGUUUGAUGCAAACCGAGGUAGUGCUUAUUAAAAUACACGCGAGUGAGAAUUAAAAAACGCUUUGCACGACGCUAUCAGUCCCUAGUCUUUACCAGGGCUAUAGGUUCGAUUCCACAAAUGUUUACUAGCUCUAAAACUGUCAUUGUAUCUCUUUCUUACAAACUGCCAAAAGAUACAUUUAACAAAGUAUUCCACCACAGUAAUAUGAUAGAUACAAAUCAUGUUGUCCCUUUUUAUUUACUAAAGAAAGAAAGAGAUGGUUUGAUUUAUAGAGGCAGUGGAAUCAUGCCCAGUAUAAGCCAAAGAAGUGACGCGAUGUACCGGCCCAAAAUGGCCGACAGAUGCAUUUAUU